AUGCCGAUACCUCAAGCUCAAGUCGUUAUUUUGUUGGCAUACUGCGACAUUUGGUCCUGUGCUGUCCCAAAGUCAAAACUUCCACUAACUCUGCAGUAUAGAUUUUAUGUGGCUGAAUGGCGUAUUGAUAUUGAAAGUGAUCCUGUAGAGAAGAGACUAGUCGUUCUUGCAUGGGAGUCAAGAUUGAAACCUCGCACCUUUGAUCUUGCUGAUAAUGGCACUUAUAUUCAACGCGGUUACCUUAUGUCUCACUCUGAAUUGCGAAUCCGUCUGUCUGGUUUGGCGCUGAAAUUGUCAAAAAACGCCGUUCCUGGUCUUUCAUCAUCAACACGGGAUCUUACUAAGCUGGCUGGUCGCCGAGUUUAUGUAACAUGUCGACAGUCAAUAGUUGAAGAAAAUGGCCUAAUAACUGCAUUGGAAGGCGAGGCUCCAAUAUACCCUAACAGGAAUGUCAGCGCGCAACCAAUCGCCAGGAGUUCGAGCCAUAUGGUCUAUUCGCUGGAACAAAGCCUAGCUGCAGAGAUUCGAUCUCAGCUAAUUGAUUCUUCUGACAGUUCUAGCAACAUCACUGUUAACCACACUCCACAUACUGUCAACCAGUCAUUACCUAUUCGCAGCACUCAAAACAGCGCCUUCUCCAUUCCACCGCCUAGGCGGCCAGAAUUCUCUGUCUCACCUUUUUCCAGCCGCCCUUCAACUUGUCCUUCGACACCGAGGUCUGUAUCCCCUGCUCUUAGUCAGACAGGCGAGCCACCCGUCUUUCUCUCUGUUCUUUCCAAAGAACGUUGCACUCGUCGCCUUGGAGAACAUACUGGAUGCUGGGGUACUCUUUAUUCCAAUGGAGAUGACGUCACUUUUUACAUUGAAACCGACAACGCAGAAGACGUUGCUGUAGAGUUAGAGUUCUACGUGGAGGUUCCGCAGGAAUACGAAACGGCUGAAGAAAAGAAACUGCCACCUGUCAAAUUUUUGGGGUCAGCAUUUUUCGGACCGUUCUCUGGGUGUUGGGGCCAAAAGCGGUCGCAACUUCUCAGCCGAAGACGAACGCCAAUGGGUGAUGUCCGCAUCUCUUUCGUUGUCAUUAACCCAAUUCUCGAUGGACCUUCACCGACGUUGGAUGUGAGCUACAAGCACUACUGGAAGAAUCGAGGUACCUUGGAAAUCGGUCAUCGUGGGAUGGGAACUUAUUAUUUAACAAAAAAGGAGAAGGACGUUGAGUUACCGGCGCCGGUUAAGGAAAAUACGCUUCGGUCCUUCCAGGCCGCGGUCGACCAUGGGGCGGAUUUUGUGGAGAUGGAUGUGCAACUUACCAAAGACCACCAAGUUGUUGUCUAUCACGACUUCGAAACAGUUAUUACACCUCGCAAGAAGCGGCGUGGUGAGCUCCAGAACUUAUCAGUGGCCGUGAAGGAUCUGCCCUAUGCUGCGCUCCGUGAGCUUCGGCUUCAGCACGCGAGUGUGCUCUCGGAACCACAAUCAAAAGAGGGUAUUUUUUGGUGCCUCCACUUUGGGAGACUUUGA